UCAAUCUCUUUUGGCUUGGUUUCUAUUUUGGGCUUCUUGUUAUUACUGGUGUUCAAUUUUAUGUUUGAGGUUUUCAGUUAUGAUCUACUAGAAUGUAGAAAUAAGUAUAAAAGUUGCAAACUUGAUGACCAAUUUCCCUCUUUUCUCUGCAUGUCAAAUCCUUUUGUUUUUGGUUUGAAUUGAAAUGGUGUUUUAGGUUCAGCCAAGACAUUGUUUUGCUUAUGAAAGUUGGAAAAUUUCUUUCUUCUAGUGACUUUUGGUUGCUUGUAAAGAAUGGUAUAUAUGUGUUGAACUACUUGAUUGACUGGAUUUCAUUUUUGAGUAUGCAUAUCCAUUAUAGAAGAAAAGGGUUCCUCACUAUGCUUGAAUUUGGGUUGCUUUUGACACUGGAAUGUAAGCAAAUAAUGGCCUAGUGGUUGUUGUUGUAAUGAAUGGCGUCGUUGCUUUGGUGGUUGUUGUAAUCUGUUUGGAGAGUAGAGUUGUUUUCCAUUCAUUUGGGAGAUACAUUCAGGUGCCUCCGCCUUUGAAUUACCUUUCGGUGACUACUACAAUGCUUGGAGGUGCAGCUGGAGCUGGUGUCUAUGCGCUGGGUAUGAUAUCUGAUGCCUUCAGCUCCUUGGCUUUCACUGCUCUGGCUAUUGUAGUUAGUGUUGCUGGAGCUAUCGUUGUCAGAUUUCCUGUUUUGGCUUGCACAGAAAUGGUUAUGCCAAUGUCUAGUAGCCGAGAUAGAAGCAUGUUUCAAACAUAUGAUUAUAAUUUCUCCUCUUUUCAAGAGUGGUGCUGGAAGCAGUUCAAUGUGAAACCAAGGCCUACAUGGAUAACAACAGAGUUUGGUGGACAUUUGGCUACUAUUUGGUUGGAGCGCAAGGAUUCCCUAGCUGGAGCAGUACUUUUGGCCUUAAGGCAACAUUGUUAUGGAGAAAUUUGAGAGGAGGGGCAUGAAGUAACAAACCAAGUAGGGGAACAUAUCACCUCAAGUACGAUUCCGGAUUACUCGCAGCAGCCCCCUAUUCAGGAACUAAUUGGGAGGGAUCUUCAUGAUAUAUAAUGAAUGGAAAUUCAGACAUAUUUCGAGGAGGCUUGCAACAACACUAGAGUAAUUGGUACAUGAAGUAGAUCGAGGAAGAUCCCUGCAAAGUUCAUCUUGAAGUAGAGGAAAAUAACUAACUUGUAAAGCUUAAUUAUUGAUCUUGUAAAUUUUGGUAGAAGCUUCAAUAUUCAUUUUGUGACAUUUAUGAGGAAAAUUAAUGUGUAACAUUUCCUUUUAUAUAAGCUUCAUUCCUUUUUGUA